GGCCGCAGGCGGGUCCCGUGGGGACGCGGAGCCUGUGCACCCGCACUCCCGCUCUCGGCACCCGGGCGCCCGCACGAUGCUCCCGCUGCUCCUCCUGCUCCUGGCGACGGCCCAUGGGCUGGAGGAGACCCGAUCCGUGCCGAUCCUGGCCAGCUCCUCCCUGGGGGGCCUGACGACCGCCUCCACCUUCGUGCUGGAGCAGCCCCGCUGCGUCUUCACCAAUGUGCAAGAGGACACCGUCAUCUGGCUGGUGGUGGCCACCGUCGAGGGCACGCACACCUUCAACAACAGCGUGGCGCCGGGGACCCCCGAGAGGGCGUUCCAGAGGUUCCCCACCACUGCCUCCGCCUACAUGACCCUCAACACCACCCUCCUCAACUACCCCUGCACCACGGCCCCCGGCGCCAUCACUGUGCUGCGCGUCGGCAGCGAGACCAGCUGCGCCAAGAAUCCGAUGAGACCCACCUGCAACGGCCCCCUGCCCGGCCCCGGCCCAUACCAGGUGAAGUUCCUCGCCCUGGCAGACUCCAAGCCCGUGAGCGAGACAGGCUGGUCGGAGCCCAUCACCCUGAGAACAGCCCAGCCGCCCGGCAGCAUCCCCACGAUGGGCAGCGGGCGCAGCGCCGGCAUGAUCGCCCUCACCUCCAUCCUCUCCAUCCUCUUCGCCAUCCUGCUGGCCGGCCUGGUGGCCAUGCUGGUCUUCGGGGGCUUGGACGCCUGCGGCGGCAGCAGCACCUUGAGCAAGGCGGAAGCGGUGACGGUGCGGCGGUACAACACCCACCACGUCUACGACCAGCCGGCCGCCCGGCUCUGAGCCCCCGCUGCAGCCCCGCACCGCCUCCCCGCUGCCCCCCCCUGCACCGCAUCACCUCCCCGCCUGCUCCCACGCCGGCUGCCGCCGUCCCGCGCACCGUCGGGUGCCCUCGCGAUUGCACCGUGGGCGUCGAUGGCAUGACGCCUGCGGGCACAGCCAGAAUUGCCGCAUGGACCGGGGAGCCACGAUGGAGCGGAAGAUUAAAGACCUUUCCUUGU